AGUAACCGCUGCGAGGAGUUUGAUUUGUAUCAAGUUGAAGAAAUGUCAAUUUUCAGAUAGAAUAGUGUCCUUAAUCAAAAUCAACAUCAUGGCACUUGGUCAAGCAAGGCUUUGUUCUCUUCUAGGAAGAAGUUGGGUAUUAUGCACACGUCCAUCAACCCUUGUCGCCCCUGGAGUAGUUGAAGGACACAAGCAAUUGACCACUCAACCAAAUUACAAAAAGCCUUUCCCAUACCGAAGGAAGAAAUUUUCAUUUAUGAGAAGUCUGAUUGAAUAUACAUCUGCAAGAAUGAAUGAAAAUAGCAGAAUUAUACUGGUUGAGGGUUUGCCGUGUGUAGGUAAAUCGGAAUUUGCUAAGAAAUUGGCUGAUAAUUUUAAGUUGAAGUAUAUACCACCCUUCACUGAUGACGAUGUCUUUGUUAUCUGUGGUUUAGAUAAAAGAGAGACUGAUGGGUUGAUGCCUACAGAAAGAUUGAAGUGUUAUGAUAUGGAUUCUUUCUAUGCAGGGCUAGAUCCUCAAAAAAAGUUGUUUUACGGAAACACACAGAUUAACUAUUUCAAACAACGUUGGGAGCAGUACCUUCUUGCAUUGAGGCACAUUAUGAAUACAGGCCAGGGUGUUGUAUUAGAGAACAGUGUAUACAGUGAUAUGGUUUAUGCAUUGAAUAUGGCUGACCAUGGAUAUUUUACGAAAAAAGGUCUACGUUGGUACAUGGAGCAUAGGGAGAAUAGUUUGUAUUUGUUUUGGAAACCACAUCUGAUUAUACACCUUGAUGCCCCGUCAUCGUACAUUGAGAAGAAAAUGAAGGAAAAAUAUCCCAAGUUGCAAAAUAGCCCAGUAUUGAAUGAGGCAUAUUUGGAUGGCUGGAGGAAAAAGUAUAAUGAAGUCUACCUACCUGAAAUGAGACAACAUUGUGACACCCUGUACUAUGACAUCAGAGAAAUGGAGGAUCUCGACCUGUUGUUUAUGGAUCUGGAAGGCAUGGAUUUGAUAUCGGCCAGGUUUGGUGAAUCAACAAAAUUUGCCGACUGGCAUAAGCAGAAGGAAGAACAGUGGAGCAUGUAUAGAUUAACUUUGGAAAGUGAACAUUACAUCCAACACAUAGACGACUGGCAUGGCCCAUGGGAGUGUCCAGAAUUGGCAAUGGAUGGAGAGGAACUUACUUACUUGGAGUACUUAUUUCAAUUUAUUCCUCAGUACUCAUAUGAUCCCAACUAUUGGUAUGACAAAGACGGAAAUUUUAUCCCCAGAGAGUUACUGAAGGAGGUAUCGCCUGUGACCCUGGCAAGUGAAGAUCCGACCUGUAACCAAGGAGUACCGCCUACCCCAAAGGUCACCUCGUAAUACUGUACUGUUGGUAGACAUUUAAAUUUUCAAAUGUGUCGCAUGAAAAGAAUCCACGGAAUUACAGUGAUGUUAAGACUUAACAAGAUUUGAAAAAAAAAUUAAAAAAUGUUGUUUUUCUUUUUUUAAGUUAUUGAAAUGAAUGCAUGGCGUUAAAGUGAUUUGAGAAUAUGAAAGCUGUACAUCAUAGAGGACACUGAUGUUAUAUCAUAUGUUAGAUUUGAUCCUAUUUUUGGGUUUGAUCAAUAAAGUUAAAUUGAAAUAUUU